UGAGCAUGAAGUCUGGAUGAGAUUUCUUUUUCGCAUGUAUGGAAUAAACAUUAGAGGAAGAUGAGUAAAGAGGAAGCUGAGGACACCAUCAUGUCAUAUUUGUCCCAAAGUGAGACCGGCAGCAGCCCCACAGACCUGAACGUCGUGGCUCUGCUCCAUAACUUCUGGGAGCAGAAGCAGAGAGGACUGUUGGGUGGGUCGUCCUCUGAGUCUGGAAGUUCUGCUUCUGGAGAAACGGCGUCUCCCAGUGAGAGCCUGUUGCUGUACGAGUCGGCUCCCGCUGCUGGUCCACCGUACGUCUGCUACGUCACCCUGCCUGGUGGAAGCUGUUUUGGGAACUAUAAGGUGUGUGACACACUGGCGGAGGCUCGCAGGGAUGCCGCUCGUGUUGCACUGAUGAACUCUCUGGUUAAUGAAUUGCCGUGCCGUCAGAUCUCGGCGCAGUUUAUAACUCAAAGUUUGCAACAGGCAACAGCUGACUGCCCAGUGUCUAUACAAGAUGCGAGCGACUCCAACACCAGCAUCGGCACCUAUAAUCUGCUCCUACGUUCCUUUCUGGGCAGAACGAUGUUGGAGUUCCAGGAGAUGAUGACGGUGUUCCAGCUGCUACACUGGAACGGAACGCUGAAGGCUCUGAAGGAACGAUGGUGCUCCAGACAGAGUGUCAUCGACUACUAUUCUCAGCGGGGGCUGGACGAGGCCUUGCGCAGUAGCAUGGCUCUGGAUUGGCUUGGACGAGAGCAGCGGUCACCUGGACGACUGGCGGAAGAGCUGCUGGUGGCGCAGAGGGAGCUGGUUUUGGCAAGGCGGAGAGGAAUAGAGUUACGCUUUUAUAAAGAAAAGACAGCAAUCCUGAGUUUGGCUUUAAGUCAAGCUGACUUUCAUCACACACCUCUGGUGCUCAUCCAGCCAUCAGAGCACACGCACAAGGAAGAGCAUCUGCCUUUGCAAACACUUCACAGCCAGGAGGCAGCUCAAAUGACUCCACCCUUCAGUCCCUCUCCAAGCAUCCAUGAAAACUUAAAGCUCUCUCAGGUUGCGAAAAGGUCAUCACUCGCUUCCUCCUCCGGUUCACAAUGGACACACGGGUAUUUUGAUCACAAUGAAUAGACAGCUGGACUUGUGACUCAGAGGAAGUGGAAGUGCUGUGUCAUUCAUUUCACACAGAUAAGAAUAGAAAAGAGUGACAGUGGACAGUAUACAUGCUAGAAGUUGAAUACACAGGAUUUCCACUCUGAAGUGGUUUGAUGUUUGAAGUGAUGCAUGAACACUUUGAUGUCAAUCCUGCAAGAUCUAGCAAGAAAUGGAUGUAGCUGGAUGUAGACAUUUUUAUAGUCAUUUUACAUAAUGUCACGCAUUAGGACUAUAGGAGAGCAAGACAAGUUAACAAAAAUGUAGUGACAAAUGUUAAAUGUUAUUUUAUGGCACCAUCAGUUCAAAGGUUGAAUAAUGACUGUUUAUGAAUGUACAAAUAAAGGAAUUAACCUAUAUACCAAUAAAAAUUGUUGAUUAGAAAAAAAAACAUUAUAUUAAGGUACUUGGUAGAAAGAAAAAUAGCAAAGAUUACUGAAAAGUGGAAGAACAAAAAGACAUUAUAGAUAGAUAUGAUUAGAUUCGACACGACCAUUGGAACAUUUAGGACUGGAAUGAUCACUCUCCACAGUGGAACACACAGGUUCGACAGUUUCCUUUGAACUAAUGCCCUAUUAAAGAAGCUUAUGUUGGCCCACUACGAAGGUGGUGGCCCCCAUCAUUUUGUUUUCGGUGUAUGGAAAAAAAAAUGUUUCAGUUCAAUGUUCAAAAAUGUAUUUGCAUAAAGAUA